UCUUGAGUGCGCGCAUUUAGCAGCGCAGCUAGUGUGCGUUUCAGCACGAAGCGGCACCAUGAGCCUGAAUAAACAUCAGCUGAGCGACUCUUUAUUUAUCUGGCUGCAGUCGUUUCAGGUGCCGUCGUGUGCAAGCAAACAUGAGCUGACCAGUGGAGUGGCCAUCGCACAUGUGCUCAACAAAAUAGAUUCUACAUGGUUUAAUGAGACUUGGCUCAGCAGGAUAAAAGAGGAUGGAGGCACAAACUGGAGGCUGAAGGUCAGCAACCUCAAGAAGAUCCUCCAGAGCAUGAUGGAGUAUUAUCAUGACGUGUUAAGUCAGCAGGUGUCUGAUGAGCAUGUGCCUGAUGUGCGUCUGCUGGAGGAGAGGAACCACGUCUACAUGCAGCGCACCUGCGAACUGGAGGAGGAGCAGCGCAGAGCCACCGCCAUCCGCUCGCAGCUCGACUCCUACAAGAGACAGGCUCAUGAGAUGAGCGCUAAACACUCAGCGGAGGCCAUGAAGGCGGAAAAAUGGCAGUUUGAGUACAAGAACCUCAACGACAAAUACGAGACCCUGCUGAAGGAGCGAGAGAAGCUCAUUUCUGAACGAGACACACUGAGAGAGACGACUGAAGAGCUGAGGUGUGCUCAAGUCCAGCAGCAGUGUUUAACAGACUCCAUGAUUGGCGAUGCAGGAGCGGUUGGCAGUCUGGCAUCAGAAAUCAUGCCCACAGAGUUCAGGGAUACGGUUGUGCGUCUGCAGCAGGAGAAUAAGAUGCUGUGUGUUCAGGAGGAAUCAUACAGACACAGACUGGAGGAGCUCCAGACGCAGCUGGAGGAGGCGCAGCGCAGACAAAACACACUCGAGACUCAAAACAGGUUGAGUCAGCAGCAGAUCUCAGACCUGUCCGCUCAGGUGGAGGAGCUGCAGAGAGCGUUACAGGAGCAGGACAGCAGGAACGAGGACGUCAUCUCGUCACUGUUGAAGAAGAAGCUGGAGGAGCAUCUAGAGAAGCUGCACGAGGCUCAUUCUGACCUGCAGAAGAAGCGAGAGGUCAUUGAUGAUCUGGAGCCCCCUGUGGACAUUAACAUGGCGAAAAAGGUCGAUGAGCUGCAGGAGAUCCUGAAGAAGAAAGAUGAAGACAUGAGGAGAAUGGAGGACCGAUACAAGAGAUACGUGGAGAAAGCUCGCACGGUGAUAAAGACUCUGGAGCCGAAGCAGAAGUUAAACCCGGUUCCUGUUGAAGUUCAGGCUCUGAAGAACCAGCUGUCGGAGAAAGACAGGAAGAUCCAGCAUCUGGAGCAUGAUUUCGAGAAGACCAGAUCCAGACACGACCAGGAGGAGAAGCUCAUCAUCUCUGCCUGGUACAACAUGGGAAUGGCUCUUCAUCAGAGAGUGGCCGGCGAGCGCUCCUCCUCUUCCUCUUCUUCUGCACAGUCUUUUCUGGCGCAGCAGAGACAGUCGACUCAAGCUCGCAGAGGAUUCUCCCGCCUGCAGCCCCGAUGAACAAACCCCUCCGUCCCGUCACUUUUAUUCUUUUACAUCCACUCCUCCUCUACGUUUUUAGCCUAGUUGGUUAAUUUCAAGCGUUAAUCAUGAAUUUAAAGAGACAGUACAUCCCAAAUAAAUGAAUCUUUGAGUCUCUUCUGUUGAACACAAAAGAAGAUAUUUUGAAGAAUGUUGCCAGAAACAAGCAGCUGUUGACUUGUUGGUACUUUUAUCUUCAGCAUUCUUCAAAAUAUCUUCUUUUGUGUUCAACAGAGGACAGAAAUUAAAGCUUUAAUCAUGAGUUUAAAGGGACAGUACACCCAAAAAAUUUUUAAUUCUGUUCCGAAUCUGUGGGUUUCACAACAGAAGGUAUUUUGAAGAAUGUUGGGGAAAAAAGACGUUGACUUUCAUGGUAUUUGUUGUUCCUUCUAUGACUGCUUUCCCCCAUCAUUCUUCAAAAUAUCUUCUUUUGUGUUCGACAGAAGAAACUCUAUUUAUUUAUUUAUUGUAUUUUUUGGGUGAACUGUCUCUUUAAACUCAUGCUCCAAUCCUUCUCUUGAUUUUUAGCUUAAUUACUUUAUUUUAAGUGUUGAUUGUGAAUUUAAAGGGACAGUACACCCAAAAAAAAUAAGUUUCAAAGUCUGAGUUUCUUGUUGAACACACAAGAAGAUAUUUUGAAGAAUGUUGGGGGGAAAAAACAGCUGUUUCAACUUCAAUAGUAUUAGUUGCUACUAUAGCUGCUCCCCCCCCCCCUCAGCAUUCUUCAAAAUAUCUUCUUUUGUGUUAAACACAAGAAACUUAUAGAUUUGAUACUGAAUUUUCAUUUGUAGGUGAACUGUCCUUUUAAAUUCAUCCACAUAUCAACUCCUCUUGAUUUUUAGCCUGAUUAUAUUAUUUUAAGCGUCGAAUAUGAAUU